AUGAGUAGCAGCCGCUCUGACUCUCAUGCCUCCACAGACGGCCACGAGCACGAUGAGCCCCUCCUACCCUUGGGCACAGGCCAUGACAAUUCGUGGAUGCCUAUGCCGUUGAGGCGCAGGGGUCGUUUUCACAUCUUGGCGAAGCCAAAUCUGAAGCGCGUCUUGAUCCUCGCCGUCUCUCUGCUCUUCGUCGUGGGUUUUAUCGUCUACCGACGCAAGCCUGUAAGCUAUUCCGGCGCUAUCACCCCCCAUCUGGAUCAGGACCACCACCGCAUCGGUCAGGACUACCUCAGCAGUCAAGGUCAGGGACAGGACCGAGACCAUGGCGAUCAAUCUGGCCAGUCGUCGUCGUCGUCGUCGUCAACUGCCGCUCAGGGUCACAAGCCUCAAGAAGCAGCCGGGGUUGGCGGUGCCGCUGCGUCCAAGCCCGACCCCACCACCAAGGAAGAGGAUCGGACCGAGCCCAGGCCGGACCGAGUCGGCGAUGCGCCCUAUGCCGCAUCCGAGACGCGAGAGGCCAUUGUCGUCGUCCUUCCCAGCAGCGGCAUUGACAUUGACGAUGACCGGGGAGACGAGGACCAGGAUGGUGAUUAUGACAGUGACAGUGGUGGUGGCGAGCGUGAAAGUGAUGACCAAGAUCUGCAAGCUAAAAAAGAGGAAUACCAGGCUGAAAUUACCGGCAAGCCAUGGCUGCGAUUUACACACCUUAACGGCUAUUUUCAUGGCCUCAAAACGCUAGUGCCCCCGAGCCAACACUCCCCCGAGUAUCCUAACCCCCAUGUGUCCGUUCCCGCCCGUGAACCUCCCGUCCAAUCGCCCGUCCCGCGACCGGACCCCUACGACCCUUACGACGCCGACGCCUCCGUCGUCCCCUGCUUCCUCGACGCCAACGAGUCCACCCCGGCCCCCGACAUCUACGCGUACAAUGCCCUUCCGGCGUACUACCCGGACCCCGUUCUCGGGUCCUACGAAGUGCUCGGAAUGAGGGACGACGUCUGCUUCGACCGCUUCGGUCGCUACGGCCCCUACGGUCUGGGCUACUCCAAGGACAAGGGCGGCGUGGGUGUGGGUGAAGACACGGAGAGCGCCGGCAGCAGCUUCGUCUGGGACCGGACGGGCCAGAUCGACUACUCCAACAUGGACUGGGCCGAUGCCCAGGAGCGCUGCUUCGACUCCAACAGGCACCGCCUGCGCACCGUCGACGCCGACACGGGCGAGAUGGAGAAGGCGGCCGGCAAGAAGGCGCGCAUCGCCGUCGUCGUCCGAUGCUACACCGACUUCGCCUGGACCGAGCACGUCAUCCUCAACUUCCGCGCCAUGAUCAACGAGCUCGCGCUCCGGUCAGGCGGCGAGUACGCGGUGCACAUGCUGGUGCAGGUGCGCGACGCCGACGUGCCGUUCUGGUCGGAUCCGGAGACGGUCCAGCGCAUCCUCGACUCCAACGUACCGCCCGAGUUCCACGGGCUGGUGUCGCUGUGGAGCGAGCCGCAGAUGCGCCUGUACUACCCUGGCAAGUUCGACAGCGCCUACUCCAACCCGAGCGGGCGCGACCUCCACGGCGUGUACCGCGGAGGCCACCUCCCGCUGCAGAUCUUCGCCAUGGAGCACCCCGAGUACGAGCACUUCUGGAACUGGGAGAUGGACAUGCGCCACGUCGGCAGCUACUACGAGCUCUUUGACCGGCUGGGCAAGUUUGGCGAGGCCCAGCCCCGCGCCUUGCUGUGGGAGCGCAACGCGCGGUACUACAUCCCGUCCUACCACGGCACGUGGGACAACUUUACGCAGCAGACGCAGCGGGACACGGUGCGGUCCGGCCUGCCCACGCCCUUUGGCCCGCUCAUGUUCUCGGGCCGCAAGUCUCUCCGGUUCGAGUCCAAGGGCGAGUCGGUCCUCCCCGACGACUGCGACGUCCACAGGGACGACCGGGCGCGGUGCGGCGUAGGCGAGGCGGCCGACCUGAUCACGCUGAACCCCAUCUUCGAUACGGACCAGUCCGGCUGGUUCUUCGGGCUGGACGCGACGGGCUACGGCCCCACCCCCCCGCCGCGCCGGGCGUCCAUCAUCACGGCGUCGCGCCUCAGCCGCCGGCUCCUGAUGGCGAUGCACGAGGAGGUCUGGCGCCACCACCACACCAUGUUCCCCGAGAUGUUCCCGACCAGCGUGGCGCUCCACCACGGCUUCAAGGGCGUCUUUGGCCCGCACCCGGUCUACCUGGACCGCGCGUGGCUGCCGUUCGGCAAGGCGGUCGACGACGCCUUCAACGGCGGCGAGUACCACUCGACGUCCGGCCACGGCAGCCCCUUUGACCUGAGCAACGAGCACAACCACCAGGGCACGAGCUGGUACUACAACAGCGCCUUCUCCGGCAUGAUCUGGCGUCGGUGGCUGGGGUACGCCCAGAAGGACGGACGGGGCAAGCACUCGAACAGUCCGGACUCUGGCAAGCUGCGUGGCGGAGUCGAGGAGGAGUCGAGCGAGUCGAGUACAGGUAGGCUAUGUCUGAGGAGUAUGCUUGUCCACCCUAUCAAAAAGGAGCAUCCCGACGAAUAA